AUGGCGGACAACGACGACAACAAGGUGAUCCUCACGUUGCGUGAGGCGGAGGAGUACGACGGAGACGGCUUCUUUUUCUGUCCCAGCGAGGUGCGCGAUCCGCCACCAACCUUCCGGUCGUUGGGCUGUCCGUUGGUCCGACUGGCGGGUCGGCAGGUGGUCAGCGUCUCCACCUCGCUGGGCACCUAUGGCAUGGGCUCCUACGGCGCGUUCGGCCUCGGCCUCGGUCUCAUGCCCGACCUCGCCGCCUGCCCAACCUAUCAAGCCAAGGUCGGGGCCGUGGCGAAGUACAUUGAGGGAUGCGCAGACCGAGAGAGGGAGAUGAUGGAGUACCUGGCUCCCGCCGAAGAACAGCCGGAAGAGACGAGUAAUGCAGAUGAUGACGAUGAUGACGACGACGAAGAUGAUGAUGAUGGUGGUGGUGGUGGUGGUGGUGGUGAUGGCGAUGGUGACGACGGCGAUCGCGCUGACAAACAGCCCAACACGGAGGAGCAGAUGAAGCAGGAGCGCAAGAAGAUCGAAGAAGAGCAAUCCAAAGCGGAAGACGAAGAACGAGAUGAAGAGGGAGAAGAGGAGGAAGAAAAGAAGGAGGAAGAAGAGGAGGUGGACCCGAGUACGGUACGAGAUGAGGCCAAGUGGCAGGAAUCGGCGUGGGAGCACGAGUGGUUUGCGCUCCUGGCCUGCAGAGCGGAGGACUACCUGCAGCUGCAAGGGAAGCCGUACGGCAAGACCGGUUGCAGCCACUUUCUUUUCCUCGAGGCGGUCAUCACUGAUGCCCAGCUCACGGACCGCACUUGUCGAUUUGAGAUGAAGCGAUGGCGGCUGGAGGACCACUACACGCCGAUCUACGAGGCCAUGGUCAAGCGGGACAUGGUGGCUCCGGGCAGCUACGCCCCGGAGCCGGGCACCAACGGACCCCACCCGCUCUACGCGCUCGUCAUCGACUUCCUCCGCCAACGCCCGGAGCUUCUUCUUGGCACCACCGAGGCCUCGGCGGCUGAGGCGGGCGCUGACGACGGUGGUGGUGAUGUGGUGGUGGCCAAGCCGCGUCUCCCCGAGUCGGUCCUGCACGAUCUGAUGGCCAAGCCCUUGGGCUGUGUCACGCGUGUGCUGGAGGUGCGCCCGAAUGUCAAAACUGCUCUGUGA